UAUCCCUCUCACCCCUUUGAAACCAGCCAUCAUUGUCUCCACGAUGGUCAAAUGGCGUCGGCAAUAGUGACGUUGUCUUUUGUGGUAUUAGGUUUAGCAACAACAUACUACAUCUUAAGAUGGAUUUUCCUGUCUCUUCGCGGAGAUGAGGAGAAAAUCGCAGGAUUAAAGAAUAAAUACGUUCUGAUAACAGGAUGCGGGUCGGGAUUCGGCAAGGAGAUCACGCUGCGAUUAGAUCAGCUGGGAUUCCGCGUGAUUGCGACUUGCAGAACUAAAUCUGGGGAGGAAUCAGUGAAGGCCAUUUGCAGUGACAGGGUAAAGACAUAUUGCAUGGAUGUUACGAAUAUCAGUCAAGUUCAAGAGGUUUUUGAAAGCAUUAAGAACGAGAUUCCGGCGGAUGAAGGAUUGUGGGGACUGGUAAACAACGCUGGAAAACUGACGGUGGACAUGAUCGAGUGGCAGCCGCUGGAAAGUUUUAAAGAAAUUGUAGAUGUAAAUCUUUGGGGAAUGAUGUACGUCACUAAAACCUUUCUGCCGCUGAUCAAAAAAGCACGCGGACGCGUACUCAACGUAGGAAGUAUAUUGGGUCGAAUAACUCUUCCUUAUAUGACUGCCUAUGCUAUCUCCAAGUAUGGAGUUGAAGCCUUCUCGGAUGCUCUAAGGCGCGAAACGCGCCCCUGGGGGGUAAAUGUGAGUAUCAUUGAGGCUGGAGCUCACAAAACUAAAUUAGUCAGUGGAGAUGUGCUGAUAAAUCAGUGGCAGUCUAUGUGGGACGGGCUAAGUGAGGAAAUGAAGCAAGAAUACGGCCAGGAAGGACUUCAGAAAGGUCUGGUAUCUUUAAAGUUAUUUGACUCUGUAGCCUCGCCGCACAUACACAAAGUAGUCAAUAGUGUCGUCCACGCCCUUACGUCACGCAAUCCACAGACACGUUACGUUAUUGGCUUGGAUGCUAAGGCCUUGGUGUGUUUAUCAAUGUUACCGGCUGGUAUUACUGACUUCCUCUUUAGGAUCAUGGCACUUUCACCGGAACCAAGAUUAAAGAAAAACAAUCGAUAGGAAUAGGAACGAGGCUACAACCUCAAACCCUUUCCUG